AUGCCGGAAUGGAAAACUUCAAACGCAAAGGCGCAUAAGAGCAAAUUGGCGAAAUAUUGGAAGAGCUUGAUUCAGGAACGAAGUAUAGAUGCACAUGAGAAUGCUGCUGUUGAUGGCUACACUCAAGAAGUCUGCAGAAGCAACGGUAGGAAACGGCUGAGGGAGAGUGAUAAUAACAACAAAUCAUCAAAAAAGCUCAAGACACAGGAUCACAAAGAUGAUGAUGACAGAGCACAAAUAGCAACAAAUAUAACAGACACUCUUCUGCACGAAAUUAAAAGAAAUGUCCUUCACAAAAUUUCAAAAGCUUCAGAGAAUAGCAAUUGA